AACACACAAUGGCUUUGGAAACAGAAAAUGUUCCAUCGAACGAAAGCAGUGGUACCGAAACGGUCGGCACUUCCGAAGACAUCAUCUCUACGGCGGCUUCUGGGACGGAUUCCGGUGUGAAGAAAAAAGGAAAUGGCAAAACCAAAAAGCAACAGAAUGGCAAAGCAAAAUCGCCCCCCGUCAUGGUGACGGCAAACGGGCAUCUGGAGAAUGGAAUCAACGGUCACAACGGUAGCGGAACGGAGGAAUCGGCGGAGACAGCGGGCGGCGGAUCGACCGUGGAUACUGUUGCGGGUGAUGGUGAAACGGCAGCAAACGGUGAGGGCGGUAGUAAAUCGGGAACGGCGGCCACCGAGGAGGACUCGAGCGACGUGAUGCGAUUGAUGCAGGAUGCCGGCUUUACGGUGCAGAUCUUGUCGCCGGGCGUUGAAUCGCUAUCGAUCCAGGUGUCGAGCAUGGAGCUGGUGCAGGAGAUCCAUCAGCUGCUGAUGGACCGCGAGGACACGUGUCACCGGACGUGCUUUUCGUUGCAGCUCGCGGGCGCGACACUGGACAACUUUGCGGAACUGAAGAACAUCGAGGGCCUGAAGGAGGGCUCGGUAAUUAAGGUGGUGGAGGAACCGUAUACGAUGCGCGAGGCACGCAUCCACGUGCGUCACGUGCGCGAUCUGCUGAAAUCGCUCGAUCCGGCCGAUGCGUACAACGGGGUGGACUGCAGUUCACUGACCUUUCUGCACGCCAUCACGCAGGGUGACAUCCUGGAGAAGAAGAAGGUGCGCCAGGACAGUGUCGACUGUACGCCGCCCGAUUUCAUCAUGCCCGGGGCGCAGGAGCGGCCCCUGUUGCCACUGCAGCCGGGCAGUGCGGCCGGCCGGAAGGGAGCCACUCCGCAGCCGCUGAAGGUGUUGACAACGUCGGCCUGGAAUCCACCGCCCGGCCCCCGGAAGCUGCACGGUGAUCUGAUGUAUCUGUACGUGGUGACGAUGGAGGAUAAGCGGUACCACCUGUCGGCGUGUCCGCGCGGUUUCUACGUCAAUCAGUCGACGGACGACACGUUCGAUCCGCGGCCCGCCAGCCCCAGUCUGCUGUCGCACUCGUUGAUCGAUCUGUUGGCGCAGCUGUCGCCCACCUUCCGGCGGUGCUUCGCGCUGAUGCAGAAGAAGCGCACCCAGCGGCACCCGUUCGAGCGGGUGGCCACCCCGUACCAGGUGUACACGUGGGCCGCACCGGCCCUCGAGCACACGAUCGAUGCGAUCCGGGCCGAGGACACGUUCUCGUCGAAGCUCGGCUACGAGGAGCACAUCCCGGGACAGACGCGUGACUGGAACGAGGAGCUACAGACGACGCGCGAACUGCCGCGGGCCACCCUGCCGGAGCGGUUGCUGCGCGAACGGGCCAUCUUCAAGGUGCACAGUGACUUUGUGACGGCGGCCACGCGCGGUGCGAUGGCCGUGAUCGACGGGAACGUGAUGGCGAUCAAUCCGGGCGAAGACUCCAAGAUGCAAAUGUUUAUCUGGAACAACAUUUUCUUCUCGCUCGGCUUCGACGUGCGCGAUCACUACAAGGAACUGGGUGGGGAUGCGGCCGCCUUCGUCGCACCGCGCAACGAUCUGCACGGAGUGCGCGUGUACAGUGCGGUCGACGUGGAGGGUCUCUACACGCUCGGCACGGUCGUGAUCGACUACCGGGGGUACCGCGUGACGGCACAAUCCAUCAUCCCGGGCAUUCUGGAGCGCGAGCAGGAGCAAUCGGUCGUGUACGGGUCGAUCGAUUUCGGCAAGACGGUCCUCUCGCACCCCAAGUACCUGGAGCUGCUGAACAGCGCGGGCAAACACCUGAAGAUCCUGCCGCACCGCGUUUACAACGAUCGCGAGGAAUCGAUCGAACUGUGCUCGUCGGUCGAGUGUAAGGGUAUCAUCGGCAACGAUGGACGGCACUAUAUUCUCGAUCUGCUACGUACCUUUCCUCCGGACGUGAACUUCCUAGUGCUUCCGGCACCGGCCGCCGCCGAUGAAGGCGUAGAUGAUGAGUCCGUGCUGGGGAAAGAAAGUCGAACGAUGGGCUUUCCGAUCGAACAUCGCCACAAGCUGUGCUGCUUGCGCCAGGAGCUCCUGGAGGCGUUCGUGGAGAACCGUUAUCUGAUGUUUAUGAAGCACGCCGCCCUGCAGCUGCAGCAGUGCGUGAAGAAGAAGCAGGAGCAGAAGCAGGCAGCCGCAGCUACGAAGGGUGCUAGCGAUGAAGGUGAGAAACCCGCGGCACAGGAUGGUGAAGAGGGCAGUAAGAAGGUGGCAAAACUCGGUCCAGAGGGGGCAGACUCACUGGUGCGGGCGGCGACGACACCCGUGCAGACGGAAAAUGCGAAAGCGUUGGUCGAAUCGCUGAUAUCGAGCGAAGAGAAGAACGAAAGCAAGGAGGUGGUGAAGCGGGCUUGCGAAGCCGUUGGAUCGCUGAAGGAGUACGAGUUCGACAUUCGCUUCAAUCCGGACGUGUACUCGCCCGGCAUCCGGCACGUGGAAGCGGAAACCGGUGGGCUGCGCAAGCAGAAGCAGCUGGUGAAGGAUGCCGCGGAGUUCCUGGUGAAGCACCAGAUCCCUAGCUUCGUACACGAGUGCCUCGAUCACUCGUCGGCCCCGAUGGACGGUGUUACGCUGACCGAGUCACUGCACAGCCGUGGCAUUAACGUGCGCUACCUCGGGAAGGUGGUCGAGCUGCUGGCCAAGAUCCGGCAGCUCGAGUAUCUGCACACGAUCGCCGUCUCGGAGCUGAUCGUGCGCGCCUCGAAGCACAUCUUCACCGUGUACAUGCAGCAGACGGACAUGCUGAGCAUGGCGGCGGCCAUUUCACACUUCCUGAACUGUUUCCUUACCGUCUCGACCGGCGGCUGGUCGGCUGCGGCCAGCGCCGGCAACGGGAUCGGUCCCGGCAGUCUCGAUGAAGCCGGCGGCGGUGGAGCGAAGGGCAAACAAACGCGCAAACAAACCAAACGGGCCGGUGUCCCGAAAGGGCCGGCUAGCGGGGCCGGUGGUAAGGCUGCGUUCCAGGCAGCGGCCAGUGACAUUGGUGAGUGGCAGACGCUCACUUCGAAAGCGCUCUGGGGUCAGAUUCGGCAGGAGCUAAAGUCGUACUGGGACUACGAUUUGACGGGCGCGGUGGCCGCCAGUGGGGAAGCGAUCGAGUCAAUCGAACCGCUGAUCGGUCACUUUAAGCUGCAGAAGGUGAGCCUGAUGCGGGCGUUCUGUCUCAAGUCCGGCGUCCAGAUACUGUUGCGCGAGUACAACUUCGAGCUGAAGAGUCCGGCGCGGCCCACGUUCGUCGAUACGGACAUCCUGAACGUGUUCCCGGUGGUGAAGCACAUCAAUCCGCGGGCCUCGGAUGCGUACAACUUUUACACCACGGGCCAGACCAAGAUCCAGCAGGGCUACUUCCAGGACGGGUACGGACUGAUCAGCGAGGCGCUCAAUCUGCUGAACAACGUGUACGGCGCAAUGCACCCGGAGAACGCCCAGUGUCUGCGGAUGUUGGCCCGUCUGAGCUACAUCAUGGGCGACCCGCAGGAAGCCCUCGCCAUCCAGCAGCGUGCGGUGCUGAUGAGCGAGCGUGUCAAUGGCAUCGACCAUCCGUACACCAUUUCCGAAUAUGCCCAUCUUGCAUUGUACUGCUUCGCGAACAGCCAGAUCAGCACCGCACUCAAGCUGCUGUACCGUGCCCGGUACCUGGCGACGAUCGUGUGCGGGGAAAACCACCCCGACAUUGCCCUCAUGGACAGCAACAUCAGUCUGAUUCUGCACGCGGUCGGUGAGUACGAGCUAUCGUUGCGCUUCCUCGAGCACGCGCUGGCCCUCAACAUUCGUUACUACGGCGAAAAGUCGCUGAAGGUCGCCGUAAGCUACCAUCUGGUGGCGCGCACCCAGAGCUGCAUGGGAGACUUCCGGUCGGCGCUGAACAACGAGAAGGAAACGUACGCCAUUUACAAGCAGCAGCUCGGAGAAGGCCACGAGAAGACGCAGGAAUCGUCCGAGUGUCUGCGCCACCUCACACAACAGGCGGUCGUGCUGCAGAAGAAGAUGGUUUGCGCGAACGGUAACCUGCGCAACAGCGGUCUGCCUCCGAUCCACAUUCAGCCCCCAUCGAUGGGCUCCGUGCUCGACAUGCUGAACGCAAUCAAUGGUAUCAUUUUCGUACAAAUUAGUUCCAAAGAAAUUGCCAACUUUAAGAGCGAAAUCGAAAAGCGUCAAAAGGACAGUGGAACGUCGUCGGUGGCGACGACGGCGACGACGACAACGGGGACGACGCCGGCUCCGGUGCAAGCCAAUCAGGAGGAAGUUAACCGUAUGCUGACGGAAACGAUGAAGAAAACGGCCGCCGGCAUACCAUUCGAGGAGCAGCGCGACGAGGACGAGAGCGUCGGCGACGGUACCGCGGACGAGAAGCAGGAGGAGUCAACGCCGGUGGCGGCGGCAGCAUCGAGCUGAAACCAUCAUAUCCCACUGGCGGCGACCGUGGCCGCCGCCUGUCUUGGAUCGUUGCUUGGCUGCUGAACGCCUUGGCUUUCUUCGGAUAUAUUCUUUUGUUUUGCAUCGCCACCAUCGCGUGCGUCGUGUCGCGUGUGUGUGUGCUAGUUUUGUAGAAAUUUCAAGUCGGGGUCACCGCGCUUCGAGGCGAAAGAAUCGAUCACACACGAUCGGCCAGAGCGAUUUAACCGUGCGCGCGCGGCCUAGCGGAUCACUGGUUGAAAACUUGGUAUUUUCUUUAAUUUUUGGGCGUAUUUUUGCCAUAUUUGAAUUUCUCAUCUCAUGCUCUGGCGCACACCCCCCUGUUUGGAGUGUGGCGAAGUGGAUCCCCUCUUUCGAUUCUUUACUGACAGCAAUCGUUAGAAUGGUCUGGUGCUUGGUCUGCGGUGGAAGCAUCUUUUAGAAUAGGAUUUGUUUUUUUUCUGUAAGAACAGUACUCCUUAAGAAUGGUAGAAACGCGAAAGAGCCACCAGAAGACACAGCGAGAGUCGAUCAAAUUGAUUAACCGAUAAGAUUCAAGCUGUUUCGGGAGCAGUUCAGAAGCAGUUUCUCUUUGUUUAGUCGUACAAAAACCAAAAAGAACACGCUGGGAAAGGUAAACCUAAAGUUCCUUCGUCGUCACGCCAACACACCGGUCGCGUGGACACUAACAGCGGCAGCUACACGGCGGCACUCAACUCAACGCUCGUGGUGCAAUAAUCAGGGAGCGUGCAACAAUGAUGUGUACCUCUCUUACACGACUUACGAGACGCUAACGCUUACUGCGAUCGCGAUCGCGUCCGAUCUGAUGUCCCUAGAAACGCCGCCUCUUUUAGCCCUAACCUCGCCGAAACAGUAACGCACACAGUAGUAGUCGCCUCCUUUGGUUUCAAACCGACUCACGUAAGCUCCCAGCGCGCCUCCUAAGAUGUUGGCAAACGAAUGACGCCAUAACGCACCCGUGUGCGCGCGCACACACAAAUAGAAUAGGCACGCGCCAAUAGAACUACUUAGAAAUACUCUCGCGUGCGGCACAAACGAACGGCUAGGAUCGAAAUUAGCUAGGCAUAUCGGAUUCUCGAACCACACACAACACAAGAGCGCAUCACAGUAGGCGACGAUAAUGUUUUGUUUUUUGUUUCGAUCGUUAGUAUCCUUUGUUAGUCGUAGAAUAGGAUUUUGACGCACUGCCGCCGCCGCCGCGGGUGUUGGUUUGCGAAGCGAACAGGAUGCGCACAAACUAUGCCAAAAGGAUUCCCGCCAGGCCGGGAGCGCACGCGCCGCGCUAGCUUUUUUGAACUGAGGACACGACGGUCCACGACGAGGCGGAGCGAGGGUCUGCGUUGUGUCUCUGCUGGCAAGCACAGACGGCGGGCGGGAACCUUCGUUGUUUAGAUAAUCAUACUUCGGUGCAGAUGUGCGCAUGCAAAACGAACAGAGAUCGAAACGGA